GUGCUAUAAAGUUGCAGUUGUCAAAUCGGGCUGGCAUCUCGGAACCCUUCCAGUGGGAAAAAAAAGGUGCAAAACAAGAUUUGUGUGUGCUGGAAAGAAAAUUAAGUGUAAAUUUUUCCCAAUUGCAAAAACAAUGACUCCGCAAAGAGACGACAAUUGACACGGGAAAUAGUACGAAAAGCAAUGUGUAAAGUGUAUUUGUUAAAGUGUUCUUGUUUUUAUUGAAAAUUUCAUACAAAAAUAAGGAAAAAGAAGAUGGCGGAUCCGAAUUUGUCAAAUCGGUCGAGAUUUCAGAAGAUGGACUUCAGUCCAAAUGCCAAUCCCGUCGAGAGUGAGAGAAGGCGCCAAAUGCUGAAGAAAUUGAGUUUCCAGCAGGAUAAUACCCUGAAAUCCGUGAAGCCCACACCAUUGCCGGACAGAACGAGAGAUAGGAUAAAACUUCAGGCAACGGGAAAGCUACAAUUGACGCCUGGAGAGGAAUAUGAUUUCACGUCUGAGGACCUUCAGGAUUUGGGUGAAAUUGGACGGGGUGCCUUCGGAGCAGUUAAUCAGAUGAUUUUCAAGCGUACCAACACUGUGAUGGCUGUGAAGCGAAUACGGUCCACUGUGGAUGAACGUGAGCAAAAGCAGCUCUUGAUGGAUCUCGAAGUGGUGAUGAAGUCCAAUGAAUGCAACUACAUUGUACAGUUCUAUGGGGCACUGUUCAAGGAGGGUGACUGUUGGAUUUGCAUGGAAUUGAUGGAUACAUCCUUGGAUAAAUUCUACAAAUUCAUCUGUGAGCGACAGAAUCAGCGGAUUCCUGAAUCCAUUCUGGCUAAAAUCACCGUGGCCACUGUUCAGGCGCUCAACUACCUAAAGGAAAAGUUAAAAAUCAUCCAUCGUGACGUGAAACCGAGCAAUAUUCUGCUUCAUUCACGUGGGGACAUUAAACUUUGUGAUUUUGGCAUUUCCGGACAGCUAGUCGACUCCAUUGCGAGAACUAAAGAUGCCGGAUGCCGGCCAUAUAUGGCUCCUGAACGGAUAGAUCCACAGCGAGCGAAGGGCUACGAUGUUCGCAGCGAUGUUUGGUCAUUAGGAAUAACUCUCAUGGAAGUGGCCACGGGAAAAUUUCCCUAUCCAAAAUGGGGAUCAGUCUUUGAGCAACUCUACCAGGUCGUCCAAGGAGAGCCACCCAGUUUGACUACCUCCUACAAUGGGAUGGAAUUCUCAGAGGAAUUUGUAGCUUUUGUAAAUACAUGUUUAAUUAAGGACGAAAGCAAUCGCCCCAAGUACAGCAAAUUACUUCAGCAUCCGUUCAUACAGCGUGGCGAACGGAGUCACACGGAUGUAGCUGCCUAUGUAAGCGAUGUCCUGGAGUCGAUGGCUAACAAUGGCAUUACGCCAUUCACCACUAAUCAACCGGCCGAGUGCUGGAAUAUUGAAUGACUGGGAGAGGCUCUUUCGCCAGUUCGAUAGAUGAGAGGAGAUGGAACAGGUGGUUUAGAGGGGGCACGCAAUCCUUUCUCUCUGUCCAUGGACGUGGGCGUCUAUUAAAUUAAAAAAAAAACAAAUUCUAUUAUCUAGAUGAGAAAAGCAAAAGGAAGAAGAGAAACAGCAACGGUAAUGUACACAAAUUUAAAACACGGUUUUCUCCCAUUUUCAAAUGAAAAAAAAAGAAAAUAAGAAAAAAUAAGCCAUCAGCAGCAUGCAAAAUGAGAGUGAUUUCAUUAAUAGUGAGAACAAUUAAAAACACCCCUACACAUUUUUAGAGAUACAUUAUGAAAAUAGCUAUUGUAAUCUUUUCAAAGAUAAAGAAAAAAAAAGUAAAUAAAAUAAAGUAAAAGAAUUGAAAACAUAAAUACACACACAUUAAGUAGAUGAAGAACUAGGAGUUUAAAAAAAAAACAAGUUUAAAAGUGAAAGAAAAUCAAGAUGCAAAAAAAAUGUUGCUAGAUAAUUAUAUUUUUUCAGUGAAUUGGUUUCAUAGACAACUUACCUUUCUCCAAUUCUAAUCUUUUCUUCAAAAAAAGAAAAACAUCCCAAAUAUUUUGCAAAAUAAUUUUUCUUUGCAACUUCAAAAUCUUUUUUCUUCCUUGGAUUUCACUUAAAGAAUUCCCUAAAGCCCCCCAAAAGUUUUGUUUUUCAAUACAACAAAUAAUAAUAAAUAUACUUAAUAGACAAAGAACUGAGUUGAUAAUAAAAUAAAUUUGAACAAUUAAAAAGCAGAUAAAAUGAAAUUGACGAAAAAAAAUAUAAACGAUAUAGCAUCUCAGGAUUAUUUCUCAUUCUUAUUAAUUUGAUUUUGAUUUUCCUUGAUAAUAAAAAAAACCGCGAAAAUUCGUAGUCGUCGAAUAAUAUUUGACCCAGACAAUAAUUUUUGAAAAAAGAAAUAUUAAAAUAUUAUGUUGAACUUAGAGAAGCAAAAAAAACCUUUGAUCUGAAUGAAUCUUGACGGUGAUGCAGAAAAAAAAAAGAAACUCAAAUCUAUUCCAAAAAAAAGUAGAGAUUGUCUGGAAAUUCUACAAUUGAUUUAUUUUUUAAUAUAUUAUUUUUUCAUUUACAUAAGUCAUUUGUUUUUUCCCCUUCAAAUUAUAUGGCAAAAUUAUAAAAAUAACAAAUAGUACCCUAAAUAAGAAGAGAUGAAUAUUGAAUAAGAUUGUGUAGGAAGUAAAAGUUUUAAUAAUGGAGCUUAUUAAACAAAAAAAAUGAAGAAAAAAUUGAAAGUUAUUUUUACACACCAAUAGAAAUUGUGUUAAAGUUUAUGUAUUUUUAAUUGGCAUUCCUAAAAAUAACUAUGUAAAAAAAGUAAUAAAUUAAAAAUGACUUAGAAAUAUAACAAAAGAGAAAUAAAUAAAUAUAGCACCAUGAUUUAAGAGAAAGGA